AUGGGCUCCGAAGCCCUCAGGCAGAGGUCCCUGCUCCUCAUGGCAUGUUCUCAAGCUCCAAUAGUUCCACAUGGUUGGAGGAAGCAAAAUGUCCAGCACCAGCUCCUCAACGAGCUCCUCCUCCUGCUGUUCGCACACACAUGGGAGCUGCAGCCCUGGCACUUCUCGCUCUUCCUGGACAUCUCCCGGGCUGCUUUUCUGGGCAACGGCCUCAUCGUCACAGCAGUAGCCUGGAGCCACCCUCUGCACACUCCCAUGUGCUUCUCCCUCCUCAACCUUGAGACCAUCUCCACCCCUACCCCCAAAUGUGCUCAGGGGGUGGUGCACACAUGCACAGAGAGCUUGAGCGCACUCGCUGCUGCCAUCACGUGCCCUCAAAACGCUGCUGGAAUGUCCUGUGGCCGGAGGGAGCAGGGUGCUCAGGUGAACUGGCAGUCGUGUCCAGCCCUGCUUGGGCGUGUGAAAUUCCUAACGGGUGUCUUUUGCUCCCAUUUCUGCCAGUCUGGAAAAACGGUCUUGGCAAACUUUGUUUCAGAGAGUGUUGAAGGGAUUGGCAGCUAUGUCCCGACGCAAGGUGUAAGGAUCCUGGAAUAUGAGAAGCCAAACUUAAAUGGAGGCAGCAAGGGAGCAGGGUGUCGAUUUGAGCUGUGGGACUGCAGUGGUGAUCAGAAGUUUGAAACAUGCUGGCCGGCUCUGAUGAAGGACUCCCAUGGUGUAGUGAUUGUCUUCAAUCCCGAGCUGCCCAGUCACCUGAAAGAAAUUGAAAUGUGGUACUCCUGCUUUGUGCAGCAGCAGCCACUGCAAGACAGCCAGUGUCUUCUAGUAGCACACCACAAACCAGGCCACGCGGGGGACACCGAAAAUCUGACCUUGGCUUCUCCACUGAACAAGUUGAAACUAAUACAUUCCAACUUAGAAGAAGAUCCUGAAGAUGUUCGGAUGGAAUUUGUGAAAUACUUUAGAAGCAUUAUCAACUUACUAAACGAGAGCAGAGACCGGGAAGAAAUGUCAAUUAUCUCAUAAUGUUAAAAGAAACACUGAGCAGGGAAGAGAAAGUAUUUUUUGCUUUGUAAACUGUACUAGCCUGUGAACAGGUCUUCACAAGAACUUGCCAGUCUAUAAACGCUUCAAAUAAAAUAAUGCACAAUUUACGACUUGACCAAAAGAACCAAGUGCUGACACCAAAGGAACUGUGAUGCCAGAGACUUGGCUGCACACACACAAAUUUGGGUAACGUAGUUGCACUGUGGUUUCAUUUGGCAU